CUCGUGAGGGGUACGUAUUUGGAGCAAGAAGCCUCCUCGUGUCAAAACCUGACUAGUGAGCAAGGAGUUGGGAUUCCCGGCCGGCACUUUUGUGUGAACGUGCUUCCGCUGAGCGGAACUGGGCUGUCCAGCUUCCGAGCCAUCCUUCGGAUACGAGCGAGUCAGAGCUAG